CGAAAUGUCAAACUUCUUAUCAGCUGGUGUUGGUUGCGUGUUGACAAGUGAAAAUUUUGUGUUCCGCUGAAAAAUUGGGAAAUUUAGUUGUUAUAUGUACAAGUUUAUUGUUUUCUAAUCAUUAAAUUGUGACUAAAAUCUUUAAAAAAGGUGUUUCGACCAAAAUCAUAAUGUUUCGUUCAUCGGUCUUCGAUAAAAGUCUGGAAAAUGCCACCAGCAACCUGAUCCUGGAACCGGAUUGGCAGGCUACAUUGGUAAUUUGCGACACCAUCCGCCAAGGCGAUGUCACACCCAAGUAUGUGAUGCAGCAGUUGAAGAAGAAAAUGUUCUCACCGAAUCCCCACACCGCGCAUUAUGCACUGCUGGUGCUGGAGAGUGUCGUCAAGAAUUGUGGCGCACCGAUUCAUGACGAAAUUUCCAACAAGGCCAAUUGCGAGAUGUUCCAUAGUUUGGUGAACACCACUCAACAUGAGGAGGUCCGCGUAAAAAUGUUAGAGCUAAUUCAGGCAUGGGCCUGUGCGUUCCGUACGAUCUUCAAGUAUCGGUCUAUUCGGGAUACUAUGAACAUUCUGAAGACUGAGGGACACAAGUUCCCUGAAUUGAAGGAAGCGGACGCUAUGUUUACUUCGGAGAACGCCCCAGAAUGGGCGGACGGGGAAGUUUGCCACCGAUGCCGAGUCGCAUUUUCAUUCACCCAGCGCAAACAUCAUUGCCGCAACUGUGGUCAAGUUUUUUGCCAGCAGUGCUCGUCUAAAACCAGCACAUUGCCCAAGUUUGGCAUUGAACGCGAGGUUCGUGUUUGCGAUGGAUGUUACCCUCAGCUGCAGCGGCCGACUCCGGCAUUGACCAAGAAGGCAACCGAGGAGGAGGAUUUACCAGCAGAAUAUUUGAGCAGCUCACUGGCUCAGCAAGCGCAAGCCCCCGCUCGUAAGACGGAUGAAGAGUUGCGAGAAGAAGAAGAACUCCAGUUGGCUCUAGCUCUAAGUCAAUCGGAGGCAGAAACAAAGAAAGUGUCCCAAACUCGAAAGUCGUUUCAUAAAUCACCAAGCCCCGAGCCCAUCAAGGUUCAACGCAGUCCAAGCCCAGUUGAAGAGCCUCCAACUGAUCCAGAAUUGGCUCGUUAUUUGAAUCGUAAUUAUUGGGAACAGCGCCAAACUGCGGACUCACCGGCCUCACCAUCCGCUCCAAGCCCUAUGCCUAGUCCAAUGCCUGUUCAAACCACACUACUGGUACCGAAGAUGGGAGCGGAAGAUGUGGAAAUAGAUGACUUUGCCAGGUCGAUGAAGACUCAAGUGGAAAUUUUUGUCAAUCGGAUGAAAUCAAAUUCAAGUCGUGGACGCAGCUUUUCAACCGAUAGCUCUGUACAGACACUAUUUAUGAAUAUGACAUCAUUGCAUGCUCGUCUUCUGACAUUCCUCAAGGACAUGGACGACAAACGCAUGUGGUACGAACAACUGCAGGACAAGCUCACUCAAAUCAAGGACUCUCGUGCAGCUCUGGACGUUCUUCGACAAGAGCACCAAGAAAAGCUGCGUCGAAUCGCCGAAGAACAAGAACGACAAAAACAAUUGCAAAUGGCACAGAAGCUUGAAAUAAUGCGCAAGAAGAAACAAGAAUAUCUGCAAUAUCAGCGUCAACUGGCUCUACAGCGUAUCCAAGAACAAAAACGAGAAAUGGAACUCCGUCAAGAGCAACAGAAAGCUCAGUAUCGCAUGGGCACAGCCUUUCCAUUUAUGUCCCCACCAAAUCAGGGACAACCCCAGGGAUCUCCGGCCCAUGUUGGAGUUGCAAACUAUCCUGGGUAUGGCUAUCAGCAAAUACCAGCAGGAGGCACAAUUACCCAUUAUGGUCCUCCCGGAAGUCAACCAGGGAUGCCUCCUCAAAUGGGCCAGCAGCUCUUUUCUCCACAGCAUGGACCACAGUCAAUGCCUGGCAAUGGCCAAUUUAUGGGUCCAAAUUUGCCACAGGGUGCCGAUCCCAAUGGAAUAAUUCCUCAGCAACCUCCACCAAGUCAACCCGCCCAACAAGUUCCGUUACCAACUGGUCCAAUGGGUCCACCUCCAGGCAUGAAUAUGAUGCCCGGUCAAAUCCCACCUCCAGGUGUUGGUCAGAUGCCACCAUCUGGGGUGCCACCGAUAGGAAUGGCUGCUUCACAGCAACCGCAACAGGGUAUGCCGAUAAACCACGCAGGAAUUUUGCCUCCCGGUGCACACAUGCCCUCGCAGUUACCGCCAGGAAUUGCUCCAGGCUUAGAAGUACAGCAGCAGCAACAACAACAACAUCCCGCACCGCACCCACAAGCUGCCCCUUCUGCUACGGUACCGCAACCCGCCGUGGUACCUGCUCCAGCUCCAGCAACAAAUACUACAGCACCAUCUGCACCCGAACCUGCUACGGCUGAAUUGAUUAGCUUCGAUUAAUCGUAGUGAUAUUGUUCUGCUAAUGAAAUAAUAAAACUAACCGGUUCUAUUUUGCUACUUUAUUGUGUUUAUUAAAUUUUAUAUGCUAUUUUCCACUCUGGAACUGCAGUAUAUUAAACAUAUAUAGUGUUUCGAUGUGAAGUUAAACAAAAAAUAUACAAAUAACUAUGUAAUUAAUUAUAACAAAAUAAUCUUUGGCAUCAUUAAAUAUUGGUGAUAAAAAUAUUACUAUGACAGAAUUAGAAACAAUAUUAAAUUAUCUGGACAAAAAUACACAUUAUAUCUAAUAAACCUAUGCAAACGUUGCUUCAUAGAUUGAUAGACGCUUUGAACAUAAUAAAUAAAUAUAAUUAAACUCUAAACAA